GGCUACGGCGUCGCCGCCAUCUUUGUUGAUGUGUCAGCUCCGCGGGGGAUUGGGGAAGCCAAGGAGGAGGGAGCGCGGUGUCGGCCCUGUCCCUGGUCGCUGUUUCCACACCCGCCCACCCCCGCCCACCCCCGACCUGGUCUGCCGGACCCAGCUAUGGAGAAAUUAGGCCCUGAGCCUGAGCUUCAGCGGCCUCGUUAGGGGUGCGGCCUGAGGCUCGGAGAAGUGGGAUGUAAAACGAAGAUCAGGAGCAGAUUUGAAGAAAUGCAGAGAGAAGUGGUGUCAAUCAGCAUGUCAGAGACAGAGCACAUAGCCUCCAUUUCUUCUGAUGAAAAUCUUGGGAAAACAUAUGAAUUAAAGGAAGACUCCUGCAACUCGUUUUCUGUUGAUGAAAGCAGCAGCUUAGAAAAUGAGUCUAAACUGUCAUCAUUAAACUUUGAUAAAACUUCUUGUCAGCCUAAUGAACAUAAUCAAAUUGAAGCGCAGGAAAAUUGUAUCCAAUUGGAUCAUGGUGGAGAUGAGGAUUCUUGUGCUAAAAUAUGCCCAGAAAAUUCUGAACAAUUAGGUAAUUUUCCUGGUGGAGAUUUUACAAAGCAAAUUUUAAAAACAAAUGAAACAGAACAGACAGUAACACAAAUACUGGCGGAAUUAAGAUCACCUACAUUUACAGAAGCAGCGAAUCAAAAGACUUAUUCAGAAAGUCUCUAUGAUACAGACUGCACCAAAAAACUUAUUUCAAAAAUAAAGAAUGUUUCAGCAUCAGAGGAUUUGUUGGAAGAAAUAGAAUCUGAGCUCUUAUCUACAAAGUUUGCAGAAGAACACCGAGUACCAAAUGGAAUGAAUAAGGGAGAACACGCAUUAGUUAUGUUUGAAAAGUGUGUGCAAGAGAAGUAUUUACAACAAGAGCACACCAUAAAGAAGUUAAUUAAAGAAAACAAGAAGCAUCAGGAACUCAUCUUAGACAUUUGUUCAGAAAAAGACAAUUUAAGAGAAGAACUGAAAAAAAGAACAGAAACAGAGAAGCAGCAUAUGAGCACAAUUAAACAGUUAGAAUCAAGAAUAGAAGAACUUAGUAAAGAAGUUAAAAUUUCCAAAGAUAAACUAGUAGCUCAAGACAUCGCAGCUAAAAAUGCAGUUCAGCAGUUGCAUAAAGAGAUGGCCCAUCGGAUGGAACAGGCCAACAAAAAAUGUGAAGAGGCACGCCAGGAAAAAGAAGCAAUGGUAAUGAAGUAUGUAAGAGGGGAGAAGGAAUCUUUAGAUCUUCGAAAGGAAAAAGAGAUACUUGAAAGAAAACUCAGAGAUGCGAAUAAAGAAUCUGAGAAAAACACUAACAAAAUUAAGCAGCUUUCUCAGGAGAAAGGACGGUUGCACCAGCUGUAUGAGACAAAGGAAAGUGAAACUACUAGACUCACCAGAGAAAUUGACAAAUUAAAGGAAGAUAUCAACUCUCAUGUCAUUAAAGUAAAAUGGGCACAAAACAAAUUAAAAGCAGAAAUGGAUUCACACAAGGAAACCAAAGAUAAACUCAAAGAAACAACAACAAAGCUAACUCAAGCGAAGGAAGAAGCUGAUCAGAUAAGAAAAAAUUGUCAGGAUAUGAUAAAAACAUAUCAGGAGUCAGAAGAAAUUAAAUCCAAUGAGCUUGAUGCCAAGCUUAGAGUCACAAAAGGAGAACUUGAAAAACAAAUGCAAGAAAAAUCUGACCAGCUAGAGAUGCAUCACGCCAAAAUAAAAGAACUGGAAGAUCUGAAGAGGACGUUUAAGGAGGGUAUGGAUGAACUACGAACACUGAGAACAAAGGUGAAAUGUCUAGAAGAUGAACGAUUAAGAACAGAAGAUGAGUUAUCCAAAUAUAAGGAAAUUAUUAAUCGCCAAAAAGCUGAAAUUCAGAAUUUAUUGGACAAAGUGAAAAUUGUGGAUCAGAUACAGGAGCAGCAUCAAAGAGGUAAACAAGAAAUUGAAAAUUUGAAGGAAGAAGUGGAAAGUCUUAAUUCUUUGAUUAACGACCUACAAAAAGACAUCGAAGGCAGUAGGAAAAGAGAAUCUGAGUUGCUACUAUUUACAGAAAAGCUCACUAGUAAGAAUGCACAACUCCAAUCUGAAUCCAAUUCUUUGCAGUCACAAUUCGAUAAGCUUUCCUAUAGUGAAAGUCAGUUACAAAGUCAAUGUGAACAAAUGAAACAGACAAAUACUAAUUUGGAAAGUAGAUUGUCAAAAGAGGAAGAACUGCGAAAAGAGGAGGUCCAGACUCUGCAAGCAGAACUCACCUGUAGACAAACAGAGGUUAAAGCAUUGAGUACCCAGGUCGAAGAACUAAAAGAUGAAUUAGUAACCCAAAGACGUAAACAUGCCUCCAGUGUCAAAGAUCUUACCAAACAACUCCAGCAAGCACGAAAGAAAUUAGAUCAGGUGGAGAAUGGAAGCUAUGAUAAAGAAGUCAGCAGCAUGGGGAGUCGUUCUAGUUCAUCAGGGUCCCUCAAUGCUCGAAGCAGUACAGAAGAUCGAUCUCCAGAAAAUACUGGGUCAUCAGUAGCUGUGGAUAACUUCCCAGAAGUGGACAAGGCCAUGUUGAUCGAGAGGAUCGUUAGGCUGCAAAAAGCACAUGCCCGGAAAAAUGAAAAGAUAGAAUUUAUGGAGGAUCAUAUCAAACAGUUGGUGGAAGAAAUUAGGAAAAAAACUAAAAUAAUUCAGAGCUACAUUUUACGGGAAGAAUCAGGCACACUUUCUUCAGAGGCAUCUGAUUUUAACAAAGUCCAUUUAAGUAGACGGGGUGGAAUUAUGGCAUCCUUAUAUACAUCUCAUCCAGCGGAUAGUGGAUUAACCCUGGACCUCUCUUUGGAGAUCAACAGAAAAUUACAGGCUGUUCUGGAGGAUAUGUUACUAAAAAAUAUUACUCUGAAGGAAAAUCUGCAAACACUUGGAACAGAAAUAGAACGUCUUAUUAAACACCAACGUGAACUAGAACAGAGGAUGAAGAAAACCUAACACACAGCUCUUGGUCACUAAACAGACAAGCCACAUAAGGAACAGGUGCCACUGCCCAGUAUUGUUGGAAACUUUUCCCUGCUUUGUGUGUCAGCCAGUAAAAAAUUGUUUUGCUUCAUCUGUAUAAAAAAAGUAUCCUUUUACAAUACGAAUGCAUUGCUGUGUAUACUGUAAGAGAAUAAGCUUUGAUGGAAUUUGUGUUUGUAUAGGGACAGCCUGUCACUGAAUCAGAAUAGCUGAAAUCGCUGAUAGUCCUGCGAAGUGCUGAACAGGACUACAAGGGCUUUUGAAAACCCCUUCUCCAUAUUUCUUCCUUUGAAAAUAUAUGAUGUCAAAAAUGAUUCAGCUUUUUAAAAUUAUGCAUGAAAGGACACACGUUAAUUAUUCAGCAGUAAUGCUGUUUUUCCAACAUGAAGAAAACUUGAAGUGAUUAAAAUUUUGUUUUACAUUCCAGGAUAACAUUUGGUUGUAUUUUAGGGAUGCCAGUGAGUCCUUAAAUCUCUUAAUUUUCAUGGAAGCUAAUAGGAGAGCCAGCUCUUGGUAGCUAGCAGUGAUCAGACAUUGUAUGCCUCUGUCAGGUUUCUUUAUCCGUGCUAACUACAUUUUUUUUCCGAUUCAAACUGCUUGAGUUAAUGUUGAGUUUUUUUUUAUUUUUCAGUUACACAAAAUAUGAUUUUAAAUAACAUGCUCACUUAGAUUUGUGGACUUCAGUUGUAUUUUAAAAUGUGAAAGAGAUUAGUCAUUUGAAUAGAAAGAUGAAUGAUGAAUUCUUUUGAAACUGAAAUACUUUAGUUUUAGUGACAUCAAGUAUAAAGAUAAAUGUUUAAGAUAUUUAUGAAGACCCAGUUCCUGAGAGAAUCCAGCAUAUGGCUCUGUUAAUUAUUUCAUUUGAAUACCAUUCUUUACCAUUGAUACAAUUAUAUAUUCCAAUGGAGGGAUCUUACAGUUCCCAAAGUGAUAUGUUUCAGUACAUUUUGUUUAAAUUAUUUUGUUUAAAAUAUAAAAUAAUUAUAUCCCUGUAACCAAAGGAAUUUUAGAGCCAAAUUUGUGUAUCCUUGUGGAUUUUUACAAUAAUUAUUUAAGAUAUGCACUUAAGUGUUGCCAGUCAUAGUAUCAGUAUUUCUACAUCAUUGGAUUUUGUUCCUUCCUCUUGUAAUUUGUCACUUACCAUCAUUUCUGAGUGUGGUUUUUCACAUUUCAUUAUAUUCAGAUCAUUUCUGUAAUAGGAUACCUUGGCUAAUAUGCAGAUGUUGCCCCAAUUGUCACUUUUGUUUUAGGUUUUUGCAUCCUUUUUUCUCUCAAGAGAAGUAAGCUUUAGGAUGAUGGUUUAAAAACCUUUAAGGAAUUGUAUGGCUCUAAAAGUUGGGCUCAUGGUGGCAAUAUCCCUUUAAUGUGUUUUAACAUUUUUUAAAAUCAUUGUUUAAAAUGAUCAUUUACAAAAUUUUUACUAAGGAUUCAAUGCAGCAUCUUAUCUUUUCUGUAUAUCGAGUUAUGUCUUGCCAUUCAAAACCAAAAUCUUUUCAGAAUGAAGGUCUAAGUCCAAAAACAUCUUUUUAAAAUAACUGUAAGAAGUGUUAGUCUUACCAUAAGGUGUCUUGUUCUUUUUACCAACAAUUUAUCAAAAUAAGGUAAGAGGGUAAGUGCAAUAAAAUUUGAAUUACCUUCCCAUUUUUUCUAGACAUACCACUGAUAUUCAUAAAGACUACUUAGAGUAGCCAACAUAACUAAAUUUCUUAACUUCUGUGAUAGAGGUUCAUACACUACAAUAUUUGUUUUUUUCCUCCAAGACACAAAAAUGUGUGAAUGGAGACCAAAUAGGGAUCAGAUCUAUAGUGUCCUAUGUCUAUACACUUUUCAAAAAUAAAUACAUUUUAUUACAUAUAAAAGUGAAACAUUCCAAUAUUAACAUUUGUGCCACCACCGUUCAUUUGGAGAAGUCAAAUGGUGGCACUACUUUAGAGGAAAGCUAUUAUAAAAAAU